GCGAGCGGGUCGGGAGUGUGGGAGUGUGGGGCUGUAGGGAGUGAGCUAGUCUGGAUCUUUUCGGGACUGGCGGAUCCUCAGACAAGUCAUGAGUGUUCAGAGGAGCUCCCCAGCGCUGCCAUGGUCCCAGUGACUCAUGUCUAUCCAGAGAGUAGUUCUCGUAUUCAGCCAGGUGGCAGAUAUAGCUCACACCACACAUCCCUUAGGAAAACCUUCAUCUUGUUCAUCCUCUUCCUACUGCUGAAUGACAUCUCAGUAAUCCUCGCAAAGUCCGUCAACCGGCCAGAAAUCAAGGGGGAUCAUCAAUCACAAAAUUCGAAUGUUCCAAAGAAUCUUGCACUAUCCAAUCAUCCUCUUUUGUCCCGCCAUUUUAACUCCAUAGCUGGAAAGGGAGAGGUAGAAGUCAAUGAACGAGUUCAUAAGAAUGUAUUCCCUAGGUACCAUAGAUCACUGUUAACCUUUACCGAUGAUUCUCUCGUGAAUCACACCAAAACUAUUUCCGAAAGGAAAACCUCCUCUUAUGAUAAUUUUGACACUCAUUUUAUUUAUGAUGAUAUUGUUUUCGGAAACCCAAAGGCCAUGUCUUCCUCUCUUGAAGGUUCCCAUGACUUAUCUAUGGAGGAUUUUUCACCUAAAAAUCUUACCCUGUAUGAAAACUUCACCCAGUCCAACUUCAGCGUCAACUCCUCCUUGGAAGGCAACGCCACCUUCUAUGAAGAUGAUUCCAGUGCUAUCGUCAUGGGCAUCAUGUCUGUUGUCCUCGGUAUCCUUAUUCUCGUCACUGUUAUCGGUAAUGUGUUCGUGAUUGCCGCCAUCUUGUUGGAGAGAAACCUCCAGAAUGUUGCCAACUACCUCAUUGUCUCCCUUGCUGUUGCCGACCUCAUGGUAGCCUGCCUAGUCAUGCCUCUGGGAGCCGUAUACGAGAUCAGUCAAGGAUGGAUCCUGGGCCCCGAGCUGUGCGAUAUGUGGACCUCUAGUGAUGUCCUAUGCUGCACGGCGUCCAUCCUGCACUUGGUCGCUAUCGCGGUUGACCGAUAUUGGGCUGUCACAAACAUCGACUACAUCCACACACGAAAUGGUGGCCGUAUCAUAGCAAUGAUCGUGGUCGUCUGGUCGGUGGCGCUGAUCGUUUCCCUGGCGCCUCAGUUUGGCUGGAAGGAUCCCGACUACUUGGAUCGCAUUAACAUCCAACAGCGAUGCCUCAUCAGUCAAGACAUCGGCUACCAGAUCUUCGCGACAUUCUCCACCUUUUACGUGCCGCUGCUGGUGAUACUCGUGCUAUACUGGAAGAUAUACCAGACAGCUCGGAAGAGGAUCAGGAGACGUAGGGCGCAGAGAACCGCUGUCCUGGAGUCCUGCAAGAAGCCCGGAGGCAUACCAGACAAGAAGGCCAGCAAAGGGUUGAAUUUCCUGUCAAAAAAGAGGUUCCUAAGAAUGAAGACCGGUGAGAGCAAGGGCACUUCGGAGGGGUUGGCAGCAUCAUUAGUUCUAAUAGAAGGGCAGUCCACCUGUUCCACUGUGGAUGCUGUAGAGGACGACACUGUUUCUAGGAGACCCAGCAAUGUCGAAGCUCCAGAGGCCACCACAGCUUUCACGAUUUCUGCCAACCACGCCGCAGUCACCCCUACAAACCUUUCCCCAGAGAAAUCCUCAGAGGCAACUGCCACCACCAACAACGGGUCAGCUCCUCAACCCUCUGAACCGUCCAAAUCUACCCUCCUCAACAUGAAAGACUCUUCCGCCUCUCUAGUGCCCACUCCUACUCAGAAAGCCAAUCACCCGCCCAAGAGAGACAAAACGAGAGAUCUUGAAGCGAAGAGGGAAAAGAAGGCCGCGAAGACCUUAGCCAUAAUCACUGGCGCGUUUGUGGUGUGCUGGUUACCCUUUUUCAUAAUGGCUUUAUUAAUGCCUCUUUGUGAGUCCUGCUACAUCAAUCCAUAUCUGGCCAGUUUCUUCUUGUGGCUUGGGUAUUUUAACUCAACACUGAACCCUGUCAUCUACACCAUAUUCAGUCCAGAGUUUCGAAUGGCUUUCAAGAGAAUCCUUUGUGGCGUCAGUAACACAAGGAAUCGAGGCAGGAAACUGAGAUAAUCUUUUCGAUAGUAGUUGAAAGCCAAUUCUAUUAAUUUGAAUUUUUUUGGAUUCGACAAAGAGUAUUAUUGAAAUUUAUUACCAGUUUUGAUCUAAAAUUAUUUAAAUUAAAGUACGCAAACUUGAAAAUUUAUUUUACUGUAGUAAAAGUAAACAUCAGUGUGCUGUAAGACUCAAUGUUUAACUGAAGCAAUAACAAAAUAACGAAAUACAUGAUUGGACGCUUUAUGAAACGGAAAGUUUUUUUAUGAAACUCUGUAAGCUAUUGAGUACUUACCCUUAUGAAAAUAUACUACACAAAUACUACUAGGCUAUUAUACCUAUAAAAAUUUACCUUUCCGAAUUCACAAUUUACUCUGUCCCUAACCUUCAUCACCUGCAUUAGUCGAUUUACCGAUUUCUCACAAUUAAAAGUAAUAAUACGAUGACUCUUAACUUAUAGUACAUACUUACUUACUAAUAUGAAAUACUUAUAGUUAACUAUGCAAAAAUCUGAAAUAUUGUGAAUAUGGAUGUUGUAAGAAAUUAAACUUUUGUCACAUAUUUUUCACCGUAAACCUGUAAAUACGAUGUAUAUUACUAUUGUAUAUUGUAAAGUUUAUUAAGACGUUGCAUCUUUUAAAGUUUUAACUUGUUAGAAAUGGACAACUGAUUUUAAGCUAAGUUUAAUUUGAAGUUCGGAAUGCUUAUGGGUACAUAUAAUAUAAAUUGCGUGUAUGAUUUAGUGUUUUCAGCAAUUAUGUGUAUAUUGUGUGUGUACUAAUAAUGUAUCGGUGACGCAGAAAUAGUAAGCCCAUGCCCACGGACUCAUACGAUGCACACCGUCAUGUAAUAUAUUAUUAUAUCGUAUUAAGUAAUAUGUAUUGAAAAUGUAAAAAUAAAAUGUUAUUAAUUGGU